AAGAGCAAAGGCGAAGAGGGAAGACAAAGGAAUCAAACAGUCGGCGCCCAUGUCUUCGCCGACCAUUCAUCACGUCCCUUUCUCCUCCCCCCUUUCUCUCUCUCCUCUCUCCACCGUAUAAACCCUAAUCCUCCCCUACUUCGAUUUCGGUUAUUUAGUCGUUUGCUUUUCUUUUUUUUUUUUUUUUUUUUUGGGGGUUUGGGGGUUCCUCUUGAAUUUUUCUCGGAGGAGAUUCAAAUUUUAAUUUUUUUUCCUUUUUUUCUUCUUCUUUGGUUUUGGUUUCGGUUUCGGUUUCUCGCCGUUUCGUUUCGAUUCUGCUGUCGGGCUCGGAUCGUCUUCCGUUUUUAUAUUUUUUCCCACGAAUCGGAAGAUGUCUGGAUUCCAGUUCCUCUUUUUCCCCGAUCUAAUUCCUUAAGUAGCUUUUCUCUGUUUUCUAUUUAAUCUCACUUUUGAUUUGUUGAAUCUUUUUCUCUCCCCUUUUGUUCGCUUCGAUUUCCGCGGCCGAAUUCGCGACCCCUUUUGCGUCUCGGUUUUCUGGCUGGUUUUUCGGAGGGGGGAGGGGGAGAAAAUGAAGGCUGGUGUGGAGCAGGCGGUAGUCGAGCGGGUUGAGGAUGGGGAUAAGAAGGAGAAGAAGAGCCGGCGCCGAUCGAACCGCCGCUCCAAACAGAACAACUCGAAUUCCGAAGCUGCUUGCAGUUCAGUUAAUGAGUCUCAAGGCGACGUGGGUUUAUCCCUUGCGAAAAGAUCUCCCUCUAACGUUAAAUAUUUGGGAUUAGGCACUUAUCCCUCAGUUGAACAAGAGUCAGCAAAAGCAUCACCUGUCUCGUUCAAUUCCAUGCCGGCAAUGCAUAUAAACGACGAAGCGGAUCAAGAACAAGUGCGGGGGGUGGCAAACUUUCAUUCACUUGCAUCUAACACUGGAGGAAGAACGUCCUCCAAAUCAUUUCCUGACCCAGAUUCAUGUAGAGGGUCAUUUGAGACAUCUUCUAGUAAGGAUUCGAGUCCUUAUCAGACUUUGAGCUGUGAUCAGAGUAAGAUUUCCUCUUCACAUUGGUCUGUGGAGGUUGUUAACGAGGCUCUAGAGAAAGGUGAUCUCUUCAGGGCAUUGUUUCGUGUCAAUGCUCACAAUAGACUAGAGGCCUACUGCAAGAUUGACGGAGUGCAGACGGAUAUUCUUAUAAAUGGUGUUGCUUUGCAGAAUAGAGCUGUGGAAGGUGACAUAGUGGCGAUAAAGAUCGAUCCUUUAACAUCCUGGACCAGGAUGAAAGGGUCAUCUGGGUCUUCCGACAGCUCUGCUACGACAGAAGAUGGUAAUGUCUUCCAGGAGGUCAAUGAGAUUUCUGGCAAUUCUUGCAAAAGCGGACAACGAUUGGAGAUUUAUUCUGAGCUUGAUUAUACUGGAAAUCCUAUCGUCUCUGGGAAUGAUUACGGGGACCUCACUACUUCUGAAAAAUCUGGUCAGGCGAAAUCGAUUGGUCAAGAAAGUAAUCUUAUUAAUGGAUAUAACCCCUCUGCUUCAUAUCAUCCCGAGAGAGGGUCUUCUAGCUGGCAGAAAGAACCUGAGGAUGCAAUAGGGAAGAUCUCUUUUUUGAUCAGUUCUCACCCAUCAAAGAGGCCGACUGGAAGGGUUGUGUUCAUCAUUGAAAAAUCAUCGCGUCGAGACACUGUUGUUGGUUUCCUUAAUGCAAAACAGUGGCUCGCGUUCAAGGAAGGAUUGGGAAAGAAUGUUAAAAGAAAUAAGAAUUCAUCAUUUUUUUCUGAGCAUGAAUUCAUUCAGUUGGUGCCUACAGAUGCAAGAUUUCCUAAGAUGAUGGUCCUGGCAAAAGACUUGCCAGAAGGCAUCAGAAAAAGAUUGAACGAUUUUGACACUACAAUGGUAAUGGAACUGGUUGCUGCCAGAAUUGAGGAUUGGUAUGAGGAGAGUGACUUUCCAUAUGCUCGUGUCCUGCAUGUCUUUGGACGUGGCUGCGAGAUGCAGCCAAAUAUUGAUGCCAUCUUGUUUCAGAAUUCAAUUAAUUGUUCUGAGUUCUCUUCAGAAUCUAUUUCUUGUCUUCCUUGUCUCCCUUGGAAUGUGCCGCCAUUGGAAUUCCAACGUAGAAAAGAUUUGAGAAAUAAAUGCAUAUUUACGAUUGAUCCUUCUACUGCGACCGAUCUUGAUGAUGCCCUCUCAAUUGACAUACUACCAACGGGCACAUAUAGAGUCGGUGUCCACAUUGCUGAUGUGUCAUAUUUUGUACAACCUGACACGACCUUGGAUUUGGAAGCUCAAAGUCGGUCAACAACUGUCUACAUGUUGCGACGGAAGAUAUCAAUGUUGCCACCUUUGCUUUCUGAAAAUUUGGGUUCACUAAAUCCUGGAGUUGAUAGACUUGCAUUUUCAAUUUUCUGGGAUAUCAGCAGUUCCGGGAAUGUUAUUGAUCGUUGGAUUGGUCGUACUGUGAUACAUUCUUGUUGUAAGCUCUCGUAUGAACAAGCUCAGGACAUUAUUGAUGGAAUUGUCGGUCUAGGGACUGCUAAUGCUUCAGAGAAUGGCCUCCUGGAAUUGCAUGGGGAUUUUGAGUGGUCUGAUGUAAUGACAUCCAUAAAAAAUCUUAACGAUAUUUCCAGGAUCUUGAAGGAGAAUCGUCUUAAAGAUGGGGGUUUAGCAUUUGAGAACUCUAAGAUUUCGUAUUCAUUGGAUGAGGAUGGAAUUCCAUACGAGAGCAUUCUUUGUCAAUGGAAAGACUCAAAUUUCCUCAUUGAAGAGUUUAUGCUUUUGGCAAAUAGGACCGCUGCUGAAGUCAUAGCCAGAGCUUUUCCUGAUACUGCAUUAUUGCGAAGGCAUCCUGAACCAAAUAUGCGCAAGCUUCGGGAGUUUGAAGCUUUUUGUUCGAAACAUGGUUUAGCAUUGGAUACUUCUUCUUCCGGUCAGUUUCGGAAGUCAUUGGAGCAAAUCAAGGAAACCCUCAAGGAUGAUUCUAUGCUGUUUGAUAUUCUUAUUUCUUAUGCUACAAAGCCAAUGCAAGUUGCAACUUACUUUUGUACGGGUGAUUUGAAAAACAAUGAGGAUGAAUGGGGUCAUUAUGCACUCGCUCUUCCUCUUUAUACUCACUUUACAUCUCCAUUACGCCGGUAUCCCGAUAUUGUAGUACAUCGCAUGCUUGCUGCUGCUAUAGAAGCUGAAGAGAUGUACCUGAAAAACAGUGCUAAGAACCAGGGAGACGUAGUGACCAGGUGUUUUACAGGCAUUUCUUUUGACAAUGAGGUCACUGAUUCUAGGGAGGGCCAUGAAGCAUUAUCUGCUGCAGCUUUGAAGUAUGGAGUUCCUGGCAGAGAACUUCUGUCUGAUGUGGCUGCCUAUUGUAACGAGAGAAAGCUAGCAAGUAGGCACGUCAAGGAUGCCAUUGAUAAACUAUAUAUGUGGGUUCUUCUAAAGGAAAAGCAGAUAUUAAUAACAGAAGCUAGAGUAUUAGGCCUGGGUCCCAGAUUUAUGUCCCUUUAUAUUCCAACAUUGGCGAUUGAAAGGAGAAUAUACUACGAUGAAGUUGAAGGUCUGUUUGUUGAAUGGCUUGAGACCACGUCUACAUUGGUGCUUAGUCUAUUUGCUUAUAAGUCCUCAGUUAGGAGAGGUUACUUAAAUAAGUUCAGGGCACUUGAAGAUGCUGCACUUGUUGUGAGUUCAUAUGACCAAGAAGCAGACCUCGGUGGGUCUGCUGUGGGUGCCUAUGACUCUGGUGCCACAGAAGUUAAGAAUUUGGACAUUUCGCGACUAAGCUCACAAAGUUCUGAAGUCGGUCCUAUGGUUUUUCCAAUGACAGUGCGACUUCUCUCCACCAUACCUGUUGCGCUUCAUGCAGUGGGUGGGGAUGUUGGACCUAUUGACAUUAGUGCGAGGCUGUAUAUGAGUACCUAUUUGAGGUGAGAAGGUGCUGGUAGCAAUGCUUCUGAAGAAACUCACGGGAGAUGAAUAAUAGCCGGGCUUGGAUGGAUUGGGGAAGUUUAUUGUAUAGAUGAAGCAGUAGAGGAUUGCUUAUAGGCUUUAAGAUGGAAGUUACUAAAGUUGGGAUGUUUAAUGAACUUGGUUAUGUUGACAAGUGUCGUGAGAGGUGCAUGUACAGGUCGAUAUGGCUUUUGGCUUUAGUGGCUGGUUUUUAACAGAAGCUGCUUUGCUGGAACGGGGCCGUAUUUUUGUAGGCCAGUUCCUGACCUGGACUAUAGCUUCAAGCAUCACUCUCUGACUUUGAAGUUCUGGAGCCGGUUUCGAGCUGCACGGGGAAAGUAGACUCUACCCAGGCUGCAACCCAGGAAAUUUUUUGACUUAGGGUGGCCGCCUCUGCUUGUUCCGGUUUCCAAGUGUUGUUUAAAUGUUUACAUUUUGUGGUCGGUUGUCUGUUUGAUGUCGAAUGGUAGCACAUUCCAAUGAAUAACAUGUAUUUUUUUCUUUUAAUGCAAGACCACUUACAAUC